AUGGGCAUGAAUGACGCCCUUGGAGAUCCCGACCAAACAAACGUCAUAGAACGACAUAGAACUGAAUAUUCAGCAUGUUGUAGAAGGGUACGUUGGCCAAGCUCUUCAUAUGACAUCGAAAACAACAAGGAAUCGAAACAGAACUUGUGGAGACGGAUUAUAGGAUUGAUAUUCCCUGAUAUUGACCAGGCACAAGCUCGAUUUGAGGAAUACGAGGCUAAGAUGUAUGGGAGGAUCAAACAGUACCAGUCUGAUGCCGACCAGGUUGGUGGUCCUUGUGGGUUUUUGCGUAAGGAAAAUGAAAACAAGACUGGGGACAUCAAGGCGGACUAUUAA